GCAAAAUAUUCUUAAUUAGUUGAGAAAUUUUCCUUCUCUUCUUUAGCCUUCAAAUGAUAUCCUUUCUUUUGAUUCAAGAUUUUGUUUUCAGACAGUGUUAAUUUUUAUGUAGAGAUAUCUCUUGUAAGGUGUUAAAUAGCUCAAAGGUUUUGAAAUAUGAGUGACUCUUCACCUAGGCGCCAGAGGUCAUCACUUCACAAUUUCAACCUGCCUGAUGACUUAAAAUGGGAAAGAACAAGGAGCCAGGGCUCAAACGUCAAUGAAAGACAUGGUAGGCAUGCUCACAGUAGACUUCACAGAAGGCACAGAUCUCCAACCUCAUUGGCAACAUCCGACUCGCGACGACCACACCGACAUAUAUCUGAAUAUGGCGAUGUUUUACCUCAAUCAGCUCCAGAAGUUGAGGAAUGGCCCAAAUGGAUUGGAGAAAACCUUGUAGCCCAAGAUGGCAGGAUUCUAAGAAGAUGUCCCCUACCAUAUGGAGAAGAAAUCCUUCAUAGAGAUAGUGAAGGUUCAAUAACACACACACCAUCCAGGACAUCAUCGCACCAUCGACAAUCUUCUGGAGAAACCCUGCAUCGAGAUAGUGGUUAUUUGUCCUCCAAACCACCAUUGCUAUCCAGGAUUUCAUCACACCAAUCUUCUAGAGAAACCUCUCAUGGAGAUAGUAGUUGGAGUUCAAAAUCAUUGUACCAGUCAUCUAGUGGGGGUUCAAGACCAGCUAGGGUACCAUCACAUGACCAUCAAUCAUCUAGAAGAACCCCUCCUAGAGACAGUGGUGGGAGAUAUUCUAGGCCAUAUGUACCAUCCGAUGGACAAUCUAGACAAACCACUUUCAGAGAUGCAGGUGUGAUAUCAAGAUCAUCUAGUAUACCAUUAAACCGGUAUGGGCAUAACUCUCCUCGAGAAACUCAGGUUCAACCUGCAGGCAUGAAGGUUCUUAUGAGCCCAUCUCAAUUGCCUAUAUCAACUGGAGAAGCCUAUGUUGAAUCUAGCAAUAUGAUUUUCACAUCACCACAUCCGCUAUCAAGGGAUGCUUCUAUCUCUGCAGCUGAAAACCCACCGGAUUUCCAUAUCAAAAUCUCAAACUCUAGUGGAGCUCCUUCCCAAAUGUGGUCAUCUCAUGAUAGUUGUCACCAUGAUUCCCAAAUGCUCAAUAAAGGAUUCACUGAAGAUAAUGAUGAGGAUGACAAGAACACAACUAAUUCAAACUUCAGAAAAGCGGGUUUUAAGCCUUCAAAGGAAUGGCCAAUCAAAAAGCUUGACAAAGCUUUCUCUCCUGUGAAAAUGGAUGAUAAACAUGAUGAUGGUGAAGAUGAAUUUGCUAAAGAGAAAAAUAUUUCUGAAAUCAUGAAAGAGAAAAUGAGUUAUGAAGAUUCGGAAGGGAAAAGCUACAAGAGAGAAGAAAUGCCAAUCAAGACCUAUGUUCGUUGUUCAAGGAAGGAAGGUGGCCAAAGGAAUGAAGAAAAAAAACUUGAAACUUUACUACUGCCAAUGAAAAAAAGAAGGGAUGAGGUGAAGUACAAAUCAAUGGAUGAAGAUGGGGAUCCAAAUGAUUUGAAUGUUAAAAUUUUGAAUCUGAAGGAUACAAAGCCAAAUCAUUCUGAUCUUCACCAUGAUUUGAACUUGGACAAAAAUAACUCAAAUCCCUCAACUAAAGACAAGUGGGAGUAUUUAAAGGAGCCAAACUAUAAGCAAAUUGCAGGUACAAAAGGUGAAGAGUUCAAAAAUAGUGGUAACAAGAGAAAUUCUGAUCAGGUGCUAAACAAGGAUGAGGAGCAAAACAAGAAAAAUGGUGCUGAUGUGGAGAAAAAGAAAGAUGAUGAGAAGAAGAAAGAAGAAGGAAAAGGAAAAGGGAAAGAACCAUUAAAGAAAAGGAAAAAUGAUCAACUGGAAGAUGAAGAUGAAGAAGAAGAGGAAAAGGUUAAAGAGCUCAAAAUUCCCAAAGUCAAUGUACAACUAGCACCUCACGAGAUUGCAGAGGAUCUUUUUGCUCUUGGAGUUGGAUCUAGACCUCAAAGGAAACACCCAUCUUCAAGAAGAACACCAAGAGUGCAGAGAGACAUUGAUCAAGUAACUCCUGGAAUGUGGUUGGGGGAAAUUGAAAUGGACCGCUACAAAGUCCCUUCAGAAAGUGCUUCAAAGGUUUAA